GUAGAUUAGGAAGCGGUCGUUUAGUUGCCAUCUACGUUGGACUAAACUGUAUACAAUAUUAUUUUCUUUUCUUGGCCAAUAGCUCUCUUCCUUCUCCGGUUUUUGUCUUUCAGAAGGAGGCAUAUAACAUAUGUAAUAGACGAGAGCUUGGUCAGUCCGAUCAUCUGUUCUUGCUAUAUACGUACUAAACAUUGCAUCAUUUAUUUCAAGCUUGGCUCGGGAUUACUCGUGUGUCUCUGACACAAUAGCGUGACAUGCAUCUAUUCACGGGAGAGAAAAAUAAAGCAUCCUGACCUCCACAACCACCAAACUCCAUCCCUAACUCAACCAACCAAAGCAGACAAUGUCCCGCAAAGGUGUCGGCCUCGCGGCCUUUGACCGCAGCCGGCUGACAUCGGCUCAGUACGCCACCCACGGCUCGGCCCUCCGGACCUCCAACGCGCAGGCCCUGCAGACACAACUCGAGGUUUUCCGGUCCCUGCUGCAGCAGUUCGCCCAGACCCACGCCAAGGAUAUCCGGUCAGACCCGGCCUUCCGCGCCCAAUUCGCCCGCAUGUGCGCCGCCAUCGGCAUCGAUCCGCUCGCCAGCUCCAGCUCCGGCAAGAGCGGAGGCGGGUCCGUCUGGGGCCAACUGUUGGGGAGGUCGGUGAACGACUUUUACUUUGGGCUCGCCGUGCGCGUGGUCGAGGUCUGUGGCCAGACGAGGGGGGAGAACGGCGGGCUGCUCGAGGUCAGGAAGGUCCGGGAGAUGAUUCAGCGUAGCAGGAGUGAGGGCUCUGCCGAGGUCACGGAGGACGAUAUAUUUCGGGCCGUAGGGACACUAAAGCCCCUUGGGUCUGCAUACUCCAUCAUCAAGGUCGGCAGCAAACCCUACAUCCGCUCCAUCCCCAAGGAGCUGAACACGGAUCAGAGUGCCGUGCUUGAGGCGGUGCAAGUGCUCGGCUACGUGAGCAUCUCCAUGCUCAUGGCGAACCUCCGCUGGACCCGACCGAGGUCGCAAACUGCCAUCGAAGACCUCCUUAGCGAGGGUAUGCUUUGGGUCGACAAGCAGAGUGAGGAAUGGGAGUAUUGGAGUCCUAGUUAUAUGCUUGGCCCACAGGCAGAGUCGAACGGAGAGUGAGUAAUGGUGAACCAGGAAUUAAGAAUCCAGAAAGGGACGUCAUUGAGGCCAGUCGUUCUCGUGGCUGGAAAGCCUUGGAAGUCUAUUGGCUUGACGCAGGGGUCGCUCAAAGAGCCAUUGAACCCGUCUGCCUGAGAAAGGGAUGACCAUCCCUGGACCUCCAUGUAUUCACGAGAGGUGAAGCAGAGACAAUGGCACGUUGAUAAGCCAAGCAAGUCGACAAAUACGCAAUUGUGGAUAAUGACUUUGCCCGGAAGCCAUAUUCAGCAAGUCGGGGAAGUCAACUGGAAAGGACAGCUGAAUAUCAUCGCCUCAUGGGCAUCAAGAUCGAGGUUGAAGAUGAGCCUAGCACCUGAUUGAGGCACAUGCAUCCGAAAGAAAAAGAAAGUCGGGACGGGGCAAGGGAGCAGAAUAGAAGGCAUCACCGAACACUCCGAGUGUCGUCUAAGUAAUCCGAGGGUCUACCGCUUACGACCCGAAAAACCAAUCUAAGGUAGCAAUCACCCAAGCAGGCUUGCGUGGAAGUCACUUUCGACUAGCGGCCUCCCCUUGAAUUACGGCACUUGACGAAACCUCAGGUAUCGAACAUCACUAUUAUUGGCGUAUCUUCAUCUACCGAAAAAUCAAACAUAGAAAGCUGGAUGUGCCAAGAAAAUACAAUAUGCCCAGGAGGCGAUACAUAAAUAUAGUUGUACCUUUGCGACCUAUCUCGCCUCCGUUCCCAGGUCGUGGAGGCAUCACGCCAUUAUCCAAUCAGGCCCUGCUUCUUCUCAAAAGGCACCACCGCCAGUCCCCGCAACGCCAUGGCAGCAUCAAAUAUGCUGAACGCUAACCUAGCUCGUACGUCUUCUCGCCUAGUAAGGUGGGUUGGGACCCAUAGGAGGGUAGUCCUCUGGCCGGCCGCCGAGAGAGCUGGGGCGACCGCCGGGGCCGCCAUCACCAAAGUGCUUCUUGCGAAGAGCUGCGAGACGCUUCUUCUUGGUGAUGGUAUUGACGUAGGUACCAAUGAUAAAAGAGACGAGGUUGAAGAAGGGUACCCAGGUCUCUUCAGGGAGGAACUUUUGGGCAAAGGCGAGGCAGAUGGGCGACGUAACCCAAGAAACCUUCAUCACCCUCCAGAAGCCGACGCGGACGGUGGCACGAACCUGGUGGUACGUACGGGCGCCGGCGAUGAGAGCCAUGGCGGUCAGGUAGACUGAGUUCUGGA